GAGGGCGUGGGGAAGCAGGCCGGGCGCGCACGCCGCUGGGCCCUGUCGCCGCCCCCGCCGCCGCUGCCGCCGCCAGGACGGGAAGUGAACCGCCGGCCCCGAGUGCAACGAGCAGGUUAGCGGGUCCCGCAGCCGCUCCGGGGUGAAGCAUGGCGGCCGGCAAGGUGGCUUUAACUAAGAGAGCCGAACCAGCUGAGCUCAGAACGAUAUUUUUGAAGUAUGCAAGCAUCGAAAAGAAUGGUGACUUUUUCAUGUCCCCCAGUGACUUUGUCACUCGAUACUUGAACAUUUUUGGAGAAAGUCAACCCAACCCAAAGAUGGUGGAGCUUCUGAGUGGCGUGGUGGAUCAGACCAAGGAUGGAUUAAUAUCCUUUCAAGAAUUUGUGGCGUUUGAGUCUGUCCUGUGUGCCCCGGAUGCUUUGUUCAUGGUGGCCUUUCAGCUGUUUGACAAGGCUGGCAAAGGAGAAGUUACAUUCGAGGACAUAAAGCAAGUUUUUGGACAGACCACAAUUCAUCAACGUAUUCCGUUUAACUGGGAUUCAGAAUUUGUACAGCUGCAUUUUGGAAAAGAAAGGAAAAGACACCUGAAUUAUGCGGAAUUCACUCAGUUUUUACUGGAAAUCCAGCUGGAGCAUGCCAAACAGGCCUUCAUGCUGCGGGACAGUGCCAAGACUGGAAGAGUCACUGCCAUUGACUUCCGGGACAUCAUGGUCACCAUCCGCCCCCAUGUCUUGACACCUUUUGUAGAAGAAUGUCUCGUCGCUGCUGCAGGAGGUACCACAUCGCAUCAAGUUAGUUUCUCGUAUUUUAAUGGAUUUAAUUCGCUCCUUAACAACAUGGAACUCAUUAGAAAGAUCUACAGCACGCUGGCCGGCCAUAGAAAAGAUGUGGAAGUGACUAAGGAGGAGUUUGUUCUGGCCGCACAGAAAUUUGGUCAGGUUACACCCAUGGAAGUAGACAUCUUGUUUCAGUUAGCAGAUUUAUACGAGCCAAGGGGACGCGUGACCUUGGCAGACAUUGAACGGAUCGCCCCACUGGAGGAGGGUAUGCUCCCUUUCAACCUGGCGGAGGCCCAGAGGCAGAAGGCCUCCGGGGACACCUCCCGUCCGGUGCUCCUGCAAGUCGCUGAGUCGGCCUACAGGUUUGGUCUGGGUUCUGUUGCUGGAGCUGUUGGAGCCACUGCCGUGUAUCCUAUCGAUCUCGUCAAAACCCGGAUGCAGAAUCAGCGGUCCACGGGCUCUUUUGUGGGCGAGCUUAUGUACAAGAACAGCUUCGACUGCUUCAAGAAAGUGCUGCGCUACGAAGGCUUCUUUGGACUCUACCGAGGUCUGUUGCCACAGUUAUUGGGAGUCGCCCCAGAGAAGGCCAUAAAACUUACAGUGAACGAUUUCGUGAGGGAUAAGUUCACGCGCAAAGAUGGAUCAGUCCCACUGGCAGCAGAAAUUCUCGCCGGCGGCUGCGCAGGUGGCUCGCAGGUGAUCUUCACAAAUCCCUUGGAAAUUGUCAAGAUCCGCCUGCAGGUGGCUGGAGAAAUCACCACCGGUCCGCGUGUGAGCGCGCUCUCUGUGCUGCGAGACCUGGGUUUCUUUGGCAUCUACAAGGGUGCCAAGGCCUGCUUUCUGCGGGACAUUCCUUUCUCGGCCAUCUACUUCCCCUGCUAUGCGCAUGUGAAGGCUUCCUUUGCAAAUGAAGAUGGGCAGGUCGGCCCAGGCAGCCUGCUGUUAGCUGGAGCCAUAGCUGGUAUGCCAGCAGCCUCCUUAGUGACCCCUGCUGACGUCAUCAAGACAAGGUUGCAGGUGGCUGCCCGGGCUGGCCAGACCACCUACAGCGGAGUGAUAGACUGCUUUCGGAAGAUCCUGCAGGAGGAAGGCCCCAAAGCUCUGUGGAAAGGAGCAGGCGCUCGUGUGUUCCGGUCGUCACCCCAGUUUGGUGUCACAUUGCUGACAUACGAGUUGCUGCAACGGUGGUUCUACAUCGACUUUGGAGGCGUGAAACCCAUGGGAUCUGAGCCCCUCCCCAAAUCCAAGAUCUCACUGCCCGCCCCGAGCCCCGAUCACGUCGGGGGCUACAAGCUGGCAGUGGCCACCUUCGCGGGGAUUGAGAGCAGGUUCGGACUUUACCUGCCUCUCUUCAAGCCGUCCGCAUCUACCUCAGAGGUCGCCAGUGGAAGCCCCUAGGGGUCCCAGCCCAGAUGUCGCCGCAGAUCCACCUGCCAUCGCGGGUCCAAACAGGGCCUCAUGUCCUUCCCAUCCACCUUUUGCUUAAAUUCACUUCUGUGCUUUUUAUAGAGUAAAGUCCUUCGUUUUCUGUAUGUUCGCUAACAAGAUCAUUGUGGAAUUGCUGCUGAUUGUUCCUUGGGUCCCUGCUCCCCACAGAUCUUUGCAUGUAUGUCUCAUGUUUGCUGGGAUUCGAUCAGUACUGACGUGAUAGGAAGAGCAGUGAAGUCUGCACAGAGCUUAGGGCUGCCCAGGCAGGUCCUCGACCCCAAAGGGGUCUCAGAAAGCACUUGUGACUCUCAGAGCAGAAACUGGUUGGAAACUGGGGUGCACAUUUAUAAAAAAACAAGAACACUGGAAGAAAUGAAAAAUGUAUACAUCAGAACCAGCCAGCCAGGCUGCACAUUUUUAAACACGCACAAAUUCCGUCUCUGGAUUACAUUAUGAAGCUUUUAUGUGAACCAUGUUUUUUGUAAUGAAAACCACAUUGGAGAUGUUUAGUAAUCAUAUUGUGUUACUGGUACUAAGACUACUAGGGGAAAGUCCUCGCACAUUAAGGAAGUGCUUCUGGCACUGGGUUGCCCAGGCGCAUCCCCUGCUGGGUGUGCGGAUGUGGGCUAACUUCUCACAUGAGUCGUGUGUGUGUCCAUCACUGCCGAUUUCAAUAGACAC